AUGGCUUACAUCUUGAAUGGACAUAUAUUGGACAGCCAGAAUCAGUCCCCAUGGAGACUGUCUUUUAUAACAGAUUUCUUCUGGGGAAUCGCCGAAUUUGUGUUUUUUGUUUUGUUUUUUUUUUUUUUUUCCAAAACUCUGCUUCAGCAAGAUGUGAAAAAAAGAAGAGGCCAUGGAAGCUCAUCUGAUUCCAGAUAUGAUGAUGGAAGAGGGCCACCAGGAAACCCUCCACGAAGAAGAAUGGAUCGAAUCAGUCAUCUUCAAGGCCCCAGCCCUCCUCCAAUGGCUGAUGGAUGAGGAACGUAAAUGUCUGCUCUAUGGAGCAGACAACUAGA